AUGCUGAAAUCCGGAGUCCUUUUCCUCUUUAGACAUCCACAGACUGUAAAGAAAUCACUCCGCUCCAGUCAAAUGAAGCUCAUCGACGCCGACGGUCGGGUCUCGGGUCCGGGACAUAAGCUGCUGCUGGUCUCGUUUGACGGGUUCCGGUGGGAUUACGAUCAGGACGUGGAGACGCCGGAGCUGGACCUGAUCAGCCGCAUCGGAGUCCGAGCCAAGUACAUGACCCCGCCCACUCUCACCAUGACAUCACCGUCGCACUUCACCACCAUCACAGGUCGCUGGGUGGAGGACCAUGAGGUCGUCCAUAACAUGAUGUUCGAUCAGAAGACGAACCUGAAGGUUCCUCACAAACAAACCCUGAGGAGGUCAGAGUGGUGGGACACAGGAGCCACUCCUCUGUGGAUCACCGCCCAGAACCAGGGUCUGAAGGUCGGCUCGUUCCACUUCCCGGGGGGCGGGGCUAACUACAGCGGGCAGCCCGUCGGACGCCACGUGUUCGAGACGCCCGGUUUCCCCGACGACAACGAGACCGAGUGGCGCCAGAACAUCGACCAGGUCCUGGACUGGUUCUCGGAGGAGGACUUCGACUUCGUGACGCUUUACUUCGGCGAGCCGGACAACGUGGGCCACGCCCACGGCCCGGACACGCCCCAACACAAGAAUAUCAUCCGCCAGAUCGACCGCGCCGUCGGGUACCUGCGCCGCGGCAUCGACGCCCAGAACCUCACCCGCGACCUCAACGUCAUCAUCACGUCCGACCACGGCAUGACCACGGUGAAGAAGCGCCCCCUGGUGGACGAGAUCGUUCUAAACUGGUACCUGCCGCUGCUCAAACUCGCCAGCUUCGAGAUCCUGGACUACGGCGGGUUCGGGAUCCUCACGCCGCGUCCGGGCAAAGAGGCCGAGGUCCUGGAGGCGCUCGCCAAAGUCCCCAACAUCACGGCGUUCGCCAAGAGCCAGAUCCCCGAGAGCUUCCACCUGAAGAAGAGCCAACGCCUGCCCCCGGUGAUCAUCCAGGCCCAGCUCGGAUUCAACCUCAACUCGCGUUUCAUCGUGUACGUGAACAAAGGGGACCACGGGUACCACAGCGGGGAGAUGGACAUGAAGACGAUCUUUCGGGUGUUCGGUCCGGACUUCAGACGGGACCUGGUGUCGGAGCCGUUCGACAGCGUCCACCUGUACCCGCUCAUGUGCCACCUGCUCCGGGUCACGGCCGCCCCCCACAACGGGUCCACUCAGGUCACCCAGGACCUGCUGCUCCAACACACCAUUAAAGCUGCACUAUGA